UUAUCUACCACGAGCCAAUUCUUGCAUUGAGGAGCUGACAAAAGCGAAUUGUGUUCAACUAUUAAUGCAUAGCUCUAGAGUCUCUCACAGUUGUUAGCAGUAGUUUCCAGUGUAUUUACCAUUUCCCUGCAGUUUAAUAUUGUGGGUAGUGCUCAGAAACCCCUUCAGUACUGAAGUCUGCUGGAUGUCGCUCUUUGAAAUUUCCUGUAAUGCAAUACUAUGGGGUAAAAAUAUGUUGUUGGUUCAGUGCAAGGGAAACAGUACAAGCUGCAGUGUGUAGAGUGGUGCCACAUUCUUGCCCUGCUUGGUGAGGAUGAGAUAUAAUAUGUGAAACCGCCAUGCAAGAAGAUUGUUGAUUUUGGGUCGGAUUCAGUCAUUCAUGCAAGUCAAGGAGGUUUAAUUGAAGCAAGCUUGGCUGGAAUUCAAACUGUGCAGCAGCUGAGCUCCUUGUAAAGGUUGCUGAAUUUCCAGCGUUGUGGAAGGGACUGUGCCUUCAUUUCACACACUUUGCAGACAUUCAUGGAUAAUCAGGCUUCCUGGAGCUAUUCCUACGACCAUGGAUUUUGUUCCUUUAUAUUUCUAACUUCCUGGGCUUACUAGUCGCGGUUCAAUAAUGACUGGAAUGCUGUUUGUCACUUCAGCUAUUUCUGCCUAUCUACAGCUACUGAUGGUGACUGUAUCCCAAACUGCAGCGCUUGCUAUGUUCGCCUUCAGCUUGCCCUGCAAAAUGUGAAGUUUUAACCAGCUCGGCUCCAUUCCAAACUAGGACCACGUUUGUUUUAUAUUCAAAAAGAGAAAUGGCUCGUCGUUUACGAUUGCAUUUUGCAACCAGGAGGAGCAACACUGACCCACUGUCCGAGACUUCGGGAGAGGGCUUGGAGAGUAACAUUUGUAUGACAGUUGAGACUGUACCAAUACAUUCAAGAAAGAAUGUUAAUCAAUUGAUUACGCUUGAGCCUGCAGUGCUGCCUACCGUAUCAAAGACUGAACGUAUCCUGCAACGUAGUUCUUCAUUGUUCAUACCACAGGUUAGUAAUAACGAUCACCUCCGCAAAAAGAGCUCAACGUUGCAAAUAUCAUUACAAUCCAAACAGUCCAGUAGACAUUGUGACUCUAGUAACAACAACAGCUGUGAGCGUGCUUUACGCAGUAGCAACAUAUCUUUUGACCAAGAGCUUUUAGAGCGUACCGUGGUGCCUAUCAAAACGUCAGUGAAGUCGAGGAAAGCAAAGAUGCCACUGAGGCGCUGUUCAUCACUGGUGAUAUUUCCUCAGAGUCCUUGCAACACUCCACCAGCUACUCCAACCAGCCCAGAUCCUUUUAUAGGACGCAGCAGCAACCCCACACUGAGUAGAUUCCUCCCUUGCUCCCAAGACCCAAUUCAAGGUGAAGAUCAGGUUGUGUCUAAAUCCAAAGAAACAAGUACUUGUUUUGUUGCGACAGCAGUUAAUGGGCUACGAUUAUCCAAUCCAACUUGUUCUUCCAGUGAAGUCAGAGACAUUAAGCCACUUUACUGUAAUGGCUACCAGUCUGCUAAGAAUCACACAGUCGAUUACAAUGAAGAAGAUUCUGAAUGUCAGGGAAAAGCGAAGAAACUGCAUAGACCUUCGAAUCACAUUCUGUACUUGAAUUGCCAGAAAGCUCUUGUUGUGGGAACAGAGACCAAGGAAGGACAAAUGUACCACGAGUCGUUUGUAAAGGAAUUUAAACAGAGCCCUUUAAAUACUAGACAUAAGCGAUAUCAAGAUAUCAAAUUAAUACGGAGCACGUCAGUAUGUUUGCCUUCAUUCAGGCAUUCAGAGUGCCAAGUAAAUGAUAAUGGGGAGAUCGAUAGGGAGAAUGAAUAUGAACAAAGCAAGCGGCCCAUCUUUCAAAGAAGCCACUCGCUUGAAGUUCCCUGCCGGCUGGUCUCCAGUUACCAUUCAAGACUGAAAAAUUACUGUUCAAAAGUUGGGAACUCUCAACUACACAUUCAUGUAGCUCCAAGAUCAGAACAGAAUUUUUUUAUAUCAGAGGAGAAAAUAACUGGUAACUACAAAAAGGAAAAUAAUUCAACUAUUUGGGGACAAGAGCAUAAGACCAGGGAUGAUUUUCUGGGCCUGGUGGAUAUUCCUCUUCAUCAUAUACCGACGGAAAAUCCGAACUUAGACAGACCAUAUACAUUCAAGGAUUUUAUUCUCCAUCCCAGAAGUCAUAAAUCCAGGGUUAAAGGCCAUCUUCGAUUAAAGAUGACCUAUUUGCCUAAAAGUAAUGCCUCUGAAGAUGAUGCUACAGAGCCAAGUGAUGAUUUGGAGCCAGGCUGGGAAAUUCUGGACCAACAGGACAUGACUGUCCACAAUCAACCGCCCCCUGCGUUGCCUAGUGGCUGGGAAGAGAAGCAGGAUAAUCUGGGGAGAACUUAUUUCGUCAAUCACGAAACUAGAACAACCCAAUGGAUUCGACCGAGUUCUCAGGAUUGUGCAUCUGACAUGAAUCAUUGUCGAAACAACAUCCAGCUGGAGGCUCAGCGUAUCUACAGUACACGCAGACAGAUUUCAGAAGAAACAGACACUUCUGAAAAUAGAGAUUUUCCAGAUGGCUGGGAAUUGAUCACCGAAGAUGAAUCUCAAUUUGGCAGCUCUAAUCCGCAGUCACCACCACCUCCCCAUACGCCUACCGGACAAAAUGUAAGCUUUGACUUGCAAAAUCAACUUGCAGAAGAACUUAGUCGGCGAUUCCAGGCUACUGGGUGUACAGAUCGCCGCAGCUCCAGCUCAAGUCAUUCCAGUAGGCGAGGGAGUUCACAGACUACUCUGGAAGAACAGCCAGUGCUGCCUGUUAUUUUACCCACUUCUAUGGGGUUGCCGCCUGGUUGGGAAGAAAAGAAGGAUGACAAAGGAAGAACUUACUUUGUCAAUCACAAUAACCGGACCACAAGUUGGACAAGACCCGUGAUGCAGACCACCAAAGAAGCAGUGCAGCCUAAUCCCAGUCGGAACCCCACAGUCUAUGUUCCUCAGUCAACAUCCCCUCCGAAUGCUCCAGAAUAUUCCCCAAACCAUCAACGUAAAUACGAGCCGGGCUUUCUCCCUCCUGGAUGGGAGAUCCGCUCUGUAACCAAUGGUAGACCGUUCUUCAUUGACCACAACACCAAAAGCACAACAUGGGUAAGGAGAGUUCUUGUUGGUACAGCAGAUUACAAAGGAACCAAGGAGGAUCCAAGAUUGAAGAUUCCAGUUCAUGUCCGGCAACGUCCACCUUUAGAUCCUUCAGAUCUUGGACCACUUCCUCCUGGUUGGGAGGAGCGUGUACACUCUGAUGGCCGCAUUUUCUAUAUAGACCACAAUACCAAAGCCACCCAGUGGGAAGACCCUCGCUUACAGAAUGUGGCCAUCACUGGACCGGCAGUGCCUUACUCGAGGGAUUACAAACAGAAGUAUGAUUAUUUCAGGAAAAAGUUGCGGAAGCCGACUGAUGGUCCAAAUCGGUUUGAACUGAAGCUGCGUCGUAACACAAUCUUGGAAGACUCUUACAGAAAAAUAAUAUCUGUAAAGCGAGUAGAAUUCCUUAAAGCCAGACUCUGGAUUGAGUUUGAUUCUGAAAAAGGAUUGGAUUAUGGUGGUGUUGCCAGGGAAUGGUUUUUUCUCCUUUCCAAAGAGAUGUUCAAUCCAUAUUAUGGGUUGUUCGAAUAUUCUGCCACGGACAAUUAUACCUUACAGAUAAACCCAAACUCUGGACUAUGCAAUGAGGAGCAUGUAUCUUACUUUAAAUUCAUCGGGCGUGUAGCUGGAAUGGCAGUAUUUCAUGGGAAAUUGUUAGAUGGAUUUUUUAUCCGACCCUUGUACAAGAUGAUGCUUCAGAAACCAAUAACAUUGCAAGAUAUGGAGUCGGUGGACAGCGAGUAUUAUAAUUCACUGAUGUGGAUUCUUGAAAAUGAUCCAACGGAUUUGGAUCUUCGGUUCGUGGUUGAUGAAGAGCUGUUUGGUCAGACUCAACAGCAUGAACUGAAACCUGAUGGAUCAGAAAUAUUGGUUACAAACAAAAACAAGAAAGAGUAUAUUCACCUUGUGAUGCAGUGGAGGUUUGUCAAUCGAAUCCAGGAGCAAAUGAAUGCUUUUAAAGAGGGUUUCUUUGAACUGAUCCCACAAGAUCUCAUAAAAAUAUUUGAUGAGAAUGAAUUGGAGCUGUUGAUGUGUGGACUUGGAGAUGUGGAUGUGAAUGACUGGAGGGAGAACACAAAGUACAAAAAUGGCUACAAUGCGAACCAUCCCGUCAUGCAGUGGUUUUGGAAGACUGUGCUGUUGAUGGAUUCAGAAAAACGCAUUAGAUUCCUGCAAUUUGUGACUGGUACUUCACGAGUGCCCAUGAAUGGAUUUGCUGAACUGUAUGGAUCGAAUGGACCACAGCUAUUUACCAUUGAGCAGUGGGGAACACCUGAAAAAUUACCAAGAGCGCAUACAUGUUUCAAUCGCCUGGACCUGCCGCCUUAUGAAUCAUUUGAGGAACUACGAGAGAAACUUAACCUGGCGAUAGAGAACACUGAGGGCUUUGACGGCGUGGACUGAAUGACCACAGCUGGUGGAUGUAGCUUGGUCACAUAAUGCAACAAAUGUACUGCAGUACAAAUCCAAUUAUCUAGCAAUGGAACUACCAGGUUAAUUCACGUAUGCAGGAAAAUAUGUCUUAUUGUUAAGCUAAUAAAUAACUAACAGACUAAGUAUUCAGCAAGCAUUUACAUUUCCCUGAAAUGUUUGUCUUUGAAGUUAUGAUUUUUAUGUUUUAUUUUGUUAACUGUUGAAUAUUGCUUUGACAUGCGUAACUGUGGCGAUACAGUUAGUAUAGUUUGUUUUUUUAACUCCCAAUCACUUCAGUGACCUCAUGAUCUUGAUGCUGUACAGCGCUCAUGAAGAUUCAAUAAUCUGUGCCACUGUCAGCCAGUGCUGUGCAGUAACAUGUACCGCUUCCCCAGCCUCUGCUACCAUGGUUGCAGUGUUCAGUCACUAUAAUUUGGGUCACCAGUGCCCAAAUGCAACUUGGUAACCUUGUAGUUUUUAGCUAACGUAUGUAGCAUAACUGUUAAGUUUGCCCAACGAUGAUUUUGUGUAGGUUAAAAAUUGCUGACCUUGUACAGCUUAACUCUAAAAAUAAAUGGGCAAAUUACUGUGAAAAUUGAAGGUAAACCUGGAGUCUGAAGGGAGAUUGGAUAUAUGGAGAUCUAGUGCCAAAUUUAGGUUUUAGAAUGUAAUUUGGUCGCAAGCAGCAAACUGUUGUUUACUUCUGAAAUCUUUUUUGAUCUUUUGAUAACACCUUCAGAAAAUGUGAUUAUGAUGAAUAUGACUAUAAUUAUUGAUGCUUUCUGAAACAAUCUUGUAUUUUCCACUUUACCUCAAUCUUGUUUCUUGAGGAUUCCAGAUGCUGUACUUAAUACUUAACAGAUGUUGGUUGCAGAAUUUGCGCUUGUCAGCUUACUUAAUUAUGGUGGCUUGUCUAUUGGUAUGCAGAGGGAGGACAGAGGCUGCUGAGGAUGUUGUCAAUGUGCUAUGUUUACAUGGUGGAACACACUAUACACUAAAUUCCCCCCCCCCCCCCCCUCGUUAGUGUUCUUUUAAAAACUUUUCUUUAGGAUUCCAACAAGUUGAAAAAUCUAAAUUGUUACCCGAAUUAAAACAAUAUUCUGUGUGGCCUUUUUGCGGAGCAAGUUACAGCUUGCGAAUUGGACCUUGUCCAAAAAAAGGGGUGACCUAUAUUUCUGAUGAAACAAAAUAUGCUUGACGUUUUCUGAGUUUUUAAAAAAAAGCAUGAAGCAUAAAGCCUGUCAUGGAUAAAAACAAUUAAGUCCUCAUCUCUGGAUAAACAAGUACUGAUUUAUAGCAGAACAGAAAUUGCAAGACUGAACUUGAAUUUUUGUAGAUGGAUUAAAGUGUCCAUAUCAAGCUGAUUACAGCUGAUGCAGGCAAUCAGAAUUCUUAAGAAAUGGUGAUUUAACCACAAAUAUUGUCAAAGAUGUAUUUUCAUUUCAGGAUGCAGAAUUGAUUUGAAUAUUGUAACAAUUGGACUUUAUGCAAGUGAGUUUUUCAUACCGUAAAACAAAUGAUUAUUAAAGUUACCCUUCAAUUAUAGUUUAUUAGACAUUUAUUUCCAGUUGUGUGUAUAUAUUACAAAGCAUAGUGAUUCCAAAUUGUACAUCUACCUUAAAUUAUAUUUGUGUUCUGCACAAUAUAUAUUCACUUCAGAUUUGUAAAUAUCUUACGGAAAUAAUCCACUAACUUUUAUAGUUAUAUUAAAAAAGAUGAUGCAUGCGUUAUUAUCUUUCAUAUUUAAGGUUGUAUUUUAGAAUAGAAUCUGAAACAAGAAAGGAGUGGAUGGAAACUAUUUUGUAAAUACAUUGUGCACUUACAAUGAAAUGAAUUAAAUUCAGCUGGAAAAUUGAUUUUGUGCACCACACUGGGGAAGCUGAUGUAUGUACAGUCUAUUUAUAAUAAAACACUGUUUUCAUGGAAA